AUGGUUCAGUCGCCUAUGAUAUCAUGUCCCCUCAAACAGACCAACGAAAUCGACUGGAUCCAACCUCUCAAGGAUUAUAUUCGGCAAAGUUAUGGCGAAGACCCUGAGCGCUACAGUCAGGAGUGUGCUACACUCAACCGGUUGCGUCAGGAUAUGAGGGGUGCCGGCAAGGACAGCGCGACAGGACGAGACCUACUCUACCGCUACUAUGGGCAACUAGAGCUUCUGGAUCUCAGGUUCCCUGUGGAUGAGAAUCAUAUAAAAAUAUCAUUUACCUGGUAUGAUGCAUUCACCCACAAGCCGACCUCGCAGUAUUCUCUCGCGUUCGAAAAGGCCUCGAUUAUCUUCAAUAUAUCUGCGGUCCUUUCUUGUCAUGCAGCGAACCAGAACCGCGCAGAUGAUAUUGGCUUGAAGACUGCCUACCACAACUUCCAGGCAUCCGCCGGCAUGUUCACCUACAUCAACGAAAACUUCCUCCACGCCCCCUCGACUGAUCUCAACCGCGAAACUGUAAAGACUCUCAUCAACAUCACGCUUGCUCAAGGUCAGGAAGUUUUCCUCGAGAAGCAGAUCAUGGACCACAAAAAGGCCGGGUUCCUGGCGAAACUCGCCAGCCAGGCUUCAUAUCUAUACGCACAGGCCAUUGAAGGGACACAGGAACAUGCUAAAGGCAUAUUCGACAAAUCAUGGGUUACGCUUCUGCAAGUGAAGUCGGCGCAUAUGGGCUCCGUGGCCUCGUAUUAUCAGGCUCUAGCCGACGGCGAAUCAGGUUCGCACGGAGUAGCUGUUGCUAGGCUCCAGCUAGCAGAGAAGCAUUCAACGAGUGCGUUGAGUUGGGCUAAGUCGCUCCCUUCGUCAAUAUCACCGAACACAAACCUUACAUCGGAGGCUGGGCCCAGUCUAGUAGAUAUCGUGAAGUUCCAUCUCGCAAACGUGCAGUCACAGCUUGCUACCUUCGUCAAGGAUAACGAUUUUAUUUAUCAUCAGCCUGUUCCGAGCGAGGCAGGACUGUCUGCGGUAUCUAAGCUCCCUGCAGCCAAGGCAAUUCCAGUUAGCGAGUUGUAUCAGGGCCAAGAUAUUCAACGGAUUAUCGGUCCAGAUAUCUUCCAGAAACUCGUUCCCAUGUCGGUUACGGAGACAGCAAGUCUUUAUGAUGAGGAAAAGGCGAAACUGAUCCGGGCAGAGACAGAGAAGGUUGAAACCGCCGAUGGCGAGAUGGCAGCAAGCUUAGACUAUUUCAAGCUUCCCGGUAGUUUGAACAUUUUGAAAGGUGGAAUGGAUCAGGAAGUGAUGGUCGACGAAGAAUUCCAACGUUGGUGUCAGGAACUAGCAGGACAUGAUUCUUUUGCGAAGGCUUUCGAUACCCUUCAAGAUCGCAAGUCAGAAGUGCUAGCUACCCUUGACCAAUGCGCCAAGCAGUUAGACUUGGAAGAAAGCGUUUGCGAGAAAAUGCGCUCAAAAUAUGGGGCUGAUUGGAGCCAGCAGCCCAGUAGUCGAUUGAACAUGACUCUCCGCAAUGAUAUUCGGACAUACCGAGACACGGUGCAUGAAGCCAGUGCUAGUGACGCUCAGCUCUCUGCAACUCUUCGGCAAUACGAAUCUGACUUUGAUGAGAUGCGAUCGGCAGGAGAAACAGACGAGGCGGAUGUGCUUUUCCAGCGAGCAAUGAUCAAGGCAGGCUCAAAGCAAGGCAAAACUAAAAAUGGUGUGACGAGCCCUUAUUCGGCUACGGAGGGAAGUCUACUAGACGAUGUCUAUGAUGAUGGCGUUCCCUCUGUGGCAGAGCAGAUUGCCAGGGUGGAAUCCAUUUUGAAGAAACUAAACCUGGUUAAACGGGAGCGAACCCAGGUCUUGAAGGACUUAAAGGAAAAGGUGCGCAACGAUGAUAUAUCGAACGUCUUGAUACUUAACAAGAAGUCGAUUACGGGCCAGGAGAGUCAACUCUUCGAAGCGGAGUUGGAGAAAUUCCACCCUCAUCAAAUGCGAAUAGUUCAGGCCAAUCAUAAGCAAACAGCGUUGAUGAAGGAGCUCACGAAAACUUAUGGAGAUCUAUUACAGGAUAAGCGAGUGAGAGCUGAACAAUCCAAAUAUGAGUCGAUAACCCGACAACGCAACUCCGUCAUGGCCAGAUAUAAGAAGAUAUACGACUCCUUCAACAACCUUGGCUCUGGAAUCAAGCAGGCUCAAACUUUCUACGCUGAGAUGACUGAAACUGUUGACAGCCUCAAGAAGAACGUCGACACUUUCAUCAACAAUCGCAGAUCUGAGGGUGCCCAACUUUUGGGGCAGAUCGAACGUGAAAAGGCAGCCGGAACGUCCGACCACGAAGAGCGCGAGCGAGAAAAGUUGAGGCAGCUCAUGGAGCGUCUGUCCACAGAGCCCAAGCCUCCCUCCGUUCCCCCAGGCUCGUCAACUGCCGGCCCAGCCAAAGCCAAAUCUCCGCCGCCACCUGUCAAAGCACCCGCCUACCCGACAAAUAUCGCUCCUCCAAAAGCAUCACCUCAUUUCGCUCCGACCGUUCCACAACAGCACGGCACACCCGUCUCCCAUUCCCCGGCGCCUUACAGCCAGUACGUGCCUCCAGGCGCUGGCGUCUCGUACCUCCCUUCUCAGUCCUUCCAGCAAGGUGCUGCUGCACCGCUUUCCGAGGGCUAUAACCCGAUGGCAUACCCGAUCCCCGCUUCAUCCAUGUCACCUCCCCCAAGUCAGCCGUUCUACUCCCCAACUCCUACCCCAUUCUACACCAGCCCAACGCCCCCCGUUCCUUCGGGUCAAUACAUGCCCCAAGGCUAUGUUCCCCCUCCGCCACCUCCCCGACCACAACAGCCCACCUACCCACCAUCAACAGGGCCGUUCCCCUCGGGACCAGGCGGGUAUGCUCAGAGCCGACCAUACGGAAGCAGCCAGCACCACAAGGCUCAUUCACAGUCAUCACCGCAAACUGGACCUUCCGUUUCCGCAAAUUCUUCCGAUCCUUGGGCCGGGCUGAAUGCCUGGAAGUAG